CUAGUUAAACACCAGCAACCAAACAAAACCAAUUUACCAUGGAAGACACCGUUCUUUACGCUGUUCUUUCCCUCCUCUUUCUUGCUUUGGCUUUCAAACUCUACAAAUCCAAAACAGCCCACAAAAAUCUGCCUCCAAGUCCUCCUUCUCUUCCAAUCCUCGGCCACCUGCACCUCCUAAAACCCCCUCUCCACCGCUUCUACCAACAACUCUCACAAAAGUACGGCCCUGUCAUCUCUCUCCGGUUCGGGUCCCGCCUUGUGGUCGUGGUGUCCUCCCCAUCCGCGGUGGAAGAAUGCUUCACCAAAAACGACAUCACCUUAGCCAACCGUCCUCGACUUCUAAUCGGCAAGCACAUAAGCUACAACUUCUCCACCAUCAUCGCUGCUCCUUACGGCGACCAUUGGCGAAACCUCCGCCGAAUCGGGGCGCUUGAAAUAUUCUCAACGCACCGUAUCAAUACAUUUGCGAGCAUUCGAAAAGACGAGGUCAAACGAUUACUCGGCAAACUAUCACGAUCCUCCGGGAAAAAGGUGGAGUUGAGAUCUCUGUUGUCGAAUCUCACUUACAAUAUCAUUAUGAGAGAGAUUGCUGGGAAGCGGUAUUAUGGCGAUGAGGUUGAGAAUGAGGAAGAGUCGAGGCAGUUCAGAGAGUUGGUUGCGUCGAUUGUGUCCGUCGGUGGGGUUUCGAAUAAGGGCGAUUUCUUGCCAAUUUUCAAUUGGAUAAGUGGACGGAAAUUCGAAAAAAAAUUAGAAGGCCUUGCGAAGAAUAUGGAUUCAUUCUUGCAAGGACUGGUUGAUGAGCAACGGAGCAGGAGAGAAAAUUCAGAGAGCAUGAAUACUAUGAUUGGGCAUCUUCUUUCGUUACAGGAGGAGCAACCUGAGUACUACACUGAUCAGAUCAUUAAAGGCCUUAUACUGAUAAUACUAAUUGCCGGGACGGACACGUCAGCUGUUACAUUGGAGUGGGCCAUGUCAAACCUGGUCAAUCAUCCAGAAAUAUUAAAGAAGGCUAGAGCUGAAUUGGAUGAUCAAGUUGGUCAAGACCGUUUGAUUGAAGAAUCAGAUCUCUCAAAACUACCUUACCUUAACAACAUAAUCUCCGAGACCCUUCGAUUAAAUCCAGCGGCCCCACUUCUGAUCCCGCAUUGCGCGUCCAACGAUUGUUCCAUUGCUGGCUACAAUGUGCCGCGCGACACAAUAGUGCUGAUCAAUGCAUGGGGCAUUCACAGGGACCCAAAUCUCUGGUCUGAUCCAUUAAGUUUUAAGCCUGAGAGGUUUGAGAGUGGUGAGCCUGAAUCUUACAAGCUGCUACCGUUUGGGCUUGGAAGGAGGGCUUGUCCUGGAAAAGGAUCGGCCCAGCGAGUAAUGGGCCUGACAUUGGGAACAUUAAUUCAAUGUUUUGAGUGGGAGAGGCUCACUGAAGAAGAAGUUGACAUGACGGAGAUGAAUGGUUCUGUCAUGCAUAAAGCCGUGCCAUUAGAGGCUUUGUGCAUAGAACGACCUGUUGUGACCAAGCUCUUCCAUGAAACUGCUUAGCUGAGGGGUACUGUUUCUAUGUGUUAGUAGUCGGACUGUGUUUCUCUAUUUAUCCUUUUCUUUUUCUAAAAUAAUAAAAAUUCCAGCAGUUUGGUGUCCCAAUUAUCUCAAUUUUUGAAUUGGAUGCACGGAAUUAAAAGUGAA